AUGGAUGUUAAAAGGGACGGUGGGCGAACCUGCAGUGUCUCAUCAACCAUCGUUCCAAGGGUGCCAGCUGCAGUCCUACCGGUUUGUUGUUCUGAGACCAGAAACUUUGCGGAACUUCCGGCAACUCCGCAAGUGGAAACGACAUUGCCCACCCUCCUCGAUUGGUGUUUCGCUGACCUCUUCGUUGUAGCUCUAGAAGCUGAUAACUGCCAAAAUCACCGUAUGACAUCUCUCCGCACUUCAUUCGGUGCGAUCUUGGCGCCGUUCCUGUACCCUUCGCUCUUCGAAUCCGCCGCAGCCACUGCCACUCGCCAGCUCCCGCGCAGACCUCCACGUAGGACUUUGCCCUUUCUGAAAAGAUGCGCGUAUAGUACCGAAUCAUUCUCGUCCCGUGAGGAGCUUUCAGAUGCGCGAUCGUCGCACCUCAACCCAAGUCCUGACAAUUACUCUCUAACCCCCUUCGCCGAUCGGUGUAUAAUAACUGUGGAAGCCGGGGCUGGUGGCCAUGGCUGCGUAUCAUUCUUGCGAGAAAAGUACAUAGAAGAGGGACCUCCGAACGGCGGCGAUGGUGGAACCGGUGGUAAUGUCUACAUACAAGCCAUACGUGGAGAAACGUCUUUGCACAAGCUCGCCCGGCGACGGUUAAUAAAGGCUGGUCGAGGUCGCAAUGGGCAAGGAAAGAUGAAGGGAGGCGAACGGGGAGCAGAUGUUCUGAUCACAGUACCUGUGGGCACUAUAAUACGGGAGAUUCAGCGGCACGACCCGGUAGAGGAAGCUGAGCGGGCUGAGCUUGACGCGCAGCGGUGGAGGAGAAGAAAGUCAUCCAAGGAGGAAGUGGAAGAAGAGGAGAAGGGGACAUAUGAUCAGUCGAAAUGGCUGGUAUUUCCGGGUACUGUUCCUUCGGAAUUGAACAGGAUGAACUUCCCACGACUGCCUCCACCACGGAGAUCUCAUCUCGCAGCACUCCAACCGCAAGCGCCCAUUUGGCUAGAUCUUGAUAAGCAUAUGGAAACUCCGAUGUUACUUGCCGCUGGGGCAAUGGGCGGUUUGGGGAACCCACACUUCAUCACUCCGAAUCAGGCAAGACCGAAAAUGGCGACGAAAGGAGAUCCGCCUCUGAAGCUUUCAUUGCAGUUUGAGCUGAAGAUACUGGCCGAUCUUGGGCUUGUCGGUCUGCCGAACGCUGGCAAGAGCACUCUCCUUAGAGCUCUUAGCAACAGUAAGGCUCGCGUGGGGAACUGGGCUUUCACGACACUGCAGCCCAACGUCGGCACAGUGGUACUGGAUAACCACCAUGGUCGGCCAGCUGUGAUCAAGAGAAGACGGGACGGCGAAUUGAGAGAAAACUUUACGAUCGCAGAUGUUCCGGGGCUUAUUGAAGAUGCGCAUCUUGAUAAAGGCCUGGGACUUGGAUUCUUGCGACACGUAGAGCGUGCUGCAGUACUUGCCUUUGUGAUCGACCUCUCCGCCGGUGACGCCGUUGAAGCGUUGAAGCUCCUCUGGAAGGAAGUGUCCGAAUACGAAACAGUACGAGAGAAGGAAGUUAAUGCAGACACCCAACGCCGGAUGGUGAAGUACAUCCCGCCAUCACAAAACCAGCCGGCAUCGAUCUCGCUAGGGCUGGAAUCGCCCAAGUUUGAGAACCCCUCGAUUGAGUCGCUCCCUCUGUUGAGCUCAACCACGAUUUCGUCGAAGCCUUGGUUCGUGGUUGCCACGAAAGCAGAUUUGCCGGACACGCAGCAAAACUAUGAAGCGCUCCAGGACUACUUGGCCAGAGUUCACGCUGGCGAACUACCUCAUCCCAGCAAGCGCAAGAAUGCCUGGAAGUACGAUCUGAGGUCCGUUCCCGUCAGUGCAAUCAACGCCCAAGGCGUCGAGGCCAUUCCGCGCAUUGUAAUGGACCUUCUGGAAGAGUAGGCUGAUGUGGCGUAUCUGCAUCACGACCUUUUUGGCGUCUCUACUUCUGGCUGCUGCAGGAGGAUCACUUUGUGCAGACCACCAGCUAAAACAUCGUGCCGGAUGGACCUUUAGGCCGCAUUCGGUCUCCGAUGGAUCAAUGGCGUUGACUCCUGUGGCUCGAUUCAACCUGUGCAAUGUGUACAAUACCGUUUUUAUAUGAUUUUCAGACGCAGAGAGCAGAUACCCGACCUGUAUAGAGGAAAUAGGCAGGCAUGGCUCGAGAGCACGAGCAUUCAAAUGUCAAGCAGAUGGGUUUCAGUGCAUUUCAAGGUCACGGCUCCCAUACCUCAGCAUCCAAUGCGCCUGUGUGUCCAUACAACUGAAUCAUCCCAUCCACGCAUUACGGAGUACAUCCGGUAAAUUCUUGUAUACUAUGUACCCAUUCCUCUGAAGCCAACCCAAGCCUAAUAGCUGGGCAUAGAGAGG